AUGUGCGAUGCAAGUGAUUAUGCUGUGGGAGCCGUUCUUGGCCAGAGGAAGGAUAAGCAUCCUUAUGUCAUUUCCUAUGCGAGCAAAAUGCUGAAUGACGCGCAAAUGAACUACUCAACUACUGAAAAGGAGUUGCUCGCAGUCGUCUUCACUUUGGAUAAAUUUCGCUCAUACUUGGUGGGAACUCCUAUCACAGUUUUCACUGAUCAUGCAGCCCUUAAGUACCUUUUUGCAAAGCAGGACGCAAAGGCUCGGUUAAUCCGUUGGAUCUUGUUGCUCCAGGAAUUUAAUCUCUCUAUCAAAGAUAAGAAAGGAGUAGAGAAUGUGGUAGCCGACCAUUUGUCUCGGCUUGAGUUUGAGGACCGUAAGGCCAAUCUCCCAAUUGUCGACACCUUUCCCGAUGAGCAACUGUUUGCUGUUUCUCCUAGCCCUUGGUACGCCGAUAUUGUUAACUACCUUGUAACCGGGCAACUUCCUAGCCAAUGGAGUGCACAAGAUAGGAAGCGAUUUCUCAUAGAGGAUGCGUAUUCCUUUUGUCGAACUUGUGAAGCUUGUCAGAAAUUGGGCGCGGUGACUCGGAGGAAUAUGAUGCCCCUCACCAAUAUCCUUAUCGUUGAAGUGUUUGAUUGCUGGGGGAUUGAUUUCAUGGGGCCAUUCCCCAUGUCGUAUGGUUUUCUCUACAUUCUCCUCGCGGUGGACUAUGUCUCUAAAUGGGUGGAGGCCAUCCCGACCAAGACCAGCGAUCACAAGGUGGUGCUGGAAUUUCUCAAGGAGAACAUUUUGUCUCGGUUUGGCACACCAAAGGCCAUUAUAAGUGAUCAAGGCUCUCAUUUCUGUAAUCGGCCUUUCGAAGCGCUCAUGAAGAAAUAUGGGAUCACGCACAAGGUGUCCACCGCAUACCACCCUCAGACCAAUGGCCAAGCCGAGCUUGCAAACCGUGAGGUAAAACGCAUUCUAGAAAAAACCGUUAAUCCAAAUCGCAAGGAUUGGUCACUCUGUCUGACCGAUGCCUUAUGGGCAUAUCGUACCGCGUAUAAGACCGUUUUAGGCGCUUUGCCUUGUCGGCUUGUAUACGGUAAGGCAUGCCACCUUCUGGUGGAGUUGGAGUAUAAGGCCUAUUAGGCCAUCAAAGCUUUAAAUUUUCGAUUGCCUGCCGCUGGCGCGCAUCGCAAACUCCAACUCAAUGAACUGGAAGAAAUCCGGAGGGAUGCAUACGAUAAUACGGACAUUUACAAAUCUAAGGUGAAGGAUUUCCAUGAUAAGAA